CUCCUUUUCUGCCUGCUGCGGGGGGCUGUGGGAGCCGGGCUGCUCGGGGGGGCUGUCUCGCUUCUCCGCGGCUCUGGAAUUGCGGUUCCACUCUCCAGGCAAACAAGUUUUCCGGCUGCUUUGUUUAAAAGGUUUCGGCCGUACCCCGUUGCCUUACUCCCUCCUUAAAGAAGGGCUGCGUCUGCAUCUUGCUGAAAUCUCAAAUUUCAGCGCAUUUCUAACAUCUUUUUCUCGUAGCAUUGUAGCAGUUUUCCCCUCAGUCUCUGAUCAGUACGUAGCUGUCGAUUGUAUACUAAAACAAAGCAGAAAACUCGAAAAGCGUUGGUGGUCCUUGCAGGGCUUUCCUCUCCCCCUGCGCCGCGGGGGGACGCCCGCAGCCUCCCGAGCGGUGCGGGAGCGCGGCCCAUUCAAAGCGGAGCCGCUCCUUCUCGUCCCGGGAGCCCCUCUCGCUUUCCUUUUUUUCUCCAACUCAUUACUGCUUCUGGAAAAGUUGUUUUUCCCGUGGGUUUUUUUCCCCUCUUUUUCUUUCCCAACCGUUCCCACCCAUGAAACUCGUAGAUCCGGCUGGGAGUUCCUCCGCUCUCCUCCGCGUUGCAACACGGGGCCGCGGGCGCUGGGGCAGUCCUGCCCGCCCGGCCUCGGCAGCGCCCCAGUGUGUGCCGGAGCUCCGCGGCCGUGGCAUUCCCCACGCUUCUGGGCGGGAAUCCGAGGAAAUCGCCUUGAGAAGAUGCCUUAAGCGAUUGUCGUGAAGGAAACUGGCACGUGAGAAGAUCAAAUUAGAAUUGUAGUUGUCACUUCAAGAUGCCACAAAGGGAAGAACUCAUCUGCAAGUCUUGUCUUUCAAAACUGCCUGCUCUCUUCCAAUACAAGAAGAAUGUUUUUGAGAAAGAUGACUUGUGAAAUCUGUGCAGGAAGCUGGAUUUACCAUACUGAGUGAAAGACAUCAUGCCUUACAGCGGACACUUAUCCUGAAGGACUGACACUGUGCUCUCAAAGUAAACUACAAGCACUCUUUAUAAACAAAACAAAAAAGACAAAAAUAACUCUGAUCCUGAACAGGGAUAAGAAUUACAAGAACUGCAUCAGAAUGUUUGUUAGUCCCAGAAGAGUCAGAAAAUGCCAGUUCUUGCAGAUAUUUGCCACUUGCUUCAUACUAUGUGUCAUGAUUUUUUGGGGACCAUUUGAUAAUCGCUUUGUAAGCCAUAUGAAGUCCUAUUCAUACAGAUACCUCAUAAACAGCUACAAUUUUGUGAAUGAAAGCCUGUCCAUCAGCAGGGAUAACUUGGACAGAGUAGCAAGCUACCAGUACUUGAUGAACCACAGAGAGAAAUGUCAACAGCAGGAUGUCCUUCUCCUGUUGUUUGUGAAGUCUUCUCCUGAAAACCGUCAUCGGAGGGACGCAAUUCGACGGACUUGGGGCAAUGAGAAAUAUGUUCGUUCUAAUCUUAAUGCCAACAUUAAAACUCUUUUUGCUUUGGGACAACCAAGAGAUCAUUUGCGGCAAAGAGACCUUUAUCUGGAAGACCAGAAAUACAAUGAUUUGAUUCAGCAAGACUUCUUGGAUACUUUUCACAACCUUACUACUAAAUUACUUCUACAGUUCAGCUGGGUAAAUGCCUACUGUCCUCAUGCCAGGUUUAUUAUGUCUGCAGAUGACGAUAUAUUUAUCCAUAUGCCAAAUCUUGUUGCUUAUCUCCAAAGUCUAGCACGAAUGGGAGUUCAAGAUCUCUGGAUUGGCCGUGUCCAUCGUGGAUCCCCUCCAGUAAGAGAUAAAACUAGCAAAUACUAUGUUCCAUAUGAAAUGUACCAGUGGCCCUCUUAUCCUGAUUACACAGCAGGAGCUGCGUAUGUAAUAUCAAGUGAUGUAGCAGCUAAAGUGUAUGAGGCUUCAUUGACUCUCAAUACGAGUCUUUAUAUAGAUGAUGUCUUCAUGGGCCUCUGUGCCAACAAAAUGGGAAUUGUACCACAGUAUCAUGCCUUUUUUUCUGGGGAAGGAAAGGCUCCAUAUCAUCCCUGCAUUUACAACAGAAUGAUGACAUCUCAUGGACAUGUGGAUGACCUUUACUAUCUCUGGAAGCAGGCUACAGAUCCCAAAGUUAAAAAGCUUUCCUCGGGGCUCUGGAGUAGACUAUACUGCAGAAUAGUUAACAUUAUGCUUCUCUGUAAACUGUACUAUGAGAACACAUAUCCUUGUUCAGCUGCAUUUUCUUAAUACUUGAAUAUCUGUGUUGAAGAUCCACUGAGCCAAAACAGAGCAACAACUAUUUGUGCUGUUUAUUCAAAAUGUACGUAAAUGUGAAUAGCUGGGGUGGGGUUGGGAGGGUGGGAUAGGAAAUGAAGCAGGAUAGUGGGAGGAUGGUGCCAAGUUCUGUUCGGAAACUUAUUGGAAUAGCUCUCCUAUUGUACCACAACAUUGUACAUUGUAGCCUGUUUUUAUUACUGUUAUUUUUUUUUUUACACUCUUCAUAGGAUGAGAGUUUGAAUUAUAUGAUCAUUAAGUGAACUUGUAAUGGACUUCUAAACUUUGAAAUAGUUGGUGAAAAUAUCAGUUACUUUGCAUUUGUUAGUAAGUCCUUUCAAAACAAGAGGCAGGUAGAACUUGUGACUUAAUUUAGUAGUUCAAGCCAGCAUAAGUUGGUUACAUAUAUUUGGUAUUUUUGAAUGCUUCAUGGAAAAUAUGCCUGGACCUCCACAACUGACAGUGCAGGAAGUAUAGACCUGCUACAGUCUUUUUCUCAAAGCCCCCUAAAUUUCUGAAGUAAGGAAAACAGUGCCUUCUGACUUGCUUCUUCUAAGUGGCAAAUGAGCUCCCUUUAGAUCGGAAGUGAACUGGAAAGGAUGAAAAUCUACUGUUUAUGUAAAAGCUAAUCUCUGUCUUCUCAAAAUUUAAGCUGUAUAUAUAAACAAACCAAUCUUUAAUAAGUGGGAUAAGUGCAUUUAAGACUGGUUUUCUUCUAACAGUGCUUCUGUUUUCUCUUGUUUGUGGUCCUAAAGGUGAAAAGCAAGUGAAAAUCAUAGCUGUGUUCCUUGAGUAUUACUUAUAGCGAGUUUGAAGCGGUUAGCGAUUUUUAAAGAGCAAAGUUUCAUGUUCAGCAUUUGUUCAAUAAGGAGAAUGUUUUCUGCACAAAGGUUUGAUGUCACGGUGAAUGGUGAUCCACAGAAACUCAAUACACAAAAUCAAAAUCACUAAAACUUUUCUCCUAAAGUCUUUUCCUGAAGAGAAAAGAUUCUUUACAAUGUCAGGGUAGUCUUUGUCCACAAAACCCUGUCUCUUGAAUAGAGCUAAAUAUUAACAUCACAUGCAGGAAGAACUAAAUACCUGUGCAUUGUAAACCUAGGUGGUGCUGAAACUCUGGCCAUUGAGUUGCAUUCUGAUGCCAUCUAAAUCUUGUAAAAACAAGGUUCUAACUGCAGUGUUUUCCUGUAUAACUUACAAAUGGUGUCUUUACAGUCUCUCAGGACAGGUAAUUUGGUUUCUAAUUGCUAAGCCUGUGGUAGCUCUCCCUGGUGCACAUACAGGCUAUGCAAGGUGCGUCAGAUAUUGCUUGUGAAUUGAUUCAAUACUGGAACAAGUUAUAGUAUGGGUAGUGUCAUAAAACUAUUUCUGAAUGAUUGUAUGAGUCAAGUUUAUCAGCACAGCAGUAAGAUGCAACCCAAAAGCUUGCAGGGUACCUGGUAUCUGUCACAGUCUUGAGAUCUACUGAUAAUAUACUGUCUACAGAAGCAAUCCUUCUUGCUUUCUGAGUUGUCUAAAGCUGCCCUUUUCUCCUCUGCCUGAAGUUUCCUGCUGCUGUGUGGAGCAGUGAAGUAUUUAAUCUGUCUUCUAACUUCACUUCAGAACAGUUGUACAUGGCAUGGCAGUUUUAAGCUUUAAGUGGUAAACUGUUUAAAUCAUUGCUGCUCUUCAAUGAGCCAUGCUGUGGUUUCAAUGAUUUGAAUGGCUAACGGUACAGGCUAGCACAGAUAAAAAGCAGUAAGCUUGCUGACUGUUCCUGAAACUGCCAUUUCAGAUGGAUGUUAGGUAGCUACUAGGAUUAAGUGAAUAUGUAACUUCACAAGUGGUUUUCCAAGAGGAAAAUAAUAAUUCUAACCGGACAAAAUGUUGGGUAUGUAUAGACCACAAACAAGUCAUUUAUCAGUAUUAAAAUAAUGGGACUGCAACAGCUGUACUCCAGAAAAACAAACCUAGUUUGUGUUCUUGCCUAAACAAACUGAUUACAAUCUGAGAUUAUUUUUUUUUAAAGAAAGCAACAAGACAAAGCUAGAUCUAUAACCUGCUGGCUCUGUGUAAGUGUGGGUGGGGGGGGAUGCACACAGAACAGGGUGUUCAGCACUUGAAGGAAAGAUUCUUCUUCAGAUCUUGGACCUGUUGUGGGCUGUUUAAAUCAAUAAGGUGCACAGUAAAACAGCACAACUGGAAAUGCUGCCCCAUUCACUUCAGGGGAAGGAGGAUCUUGAAAUUUAUAUACAACCAAAGUCUUCUACUAAGACUACAAUUUUUCUAGCAUAACUAUGCAUUAGGAUUUGUUUUCACUUAUAGAAGCAAAGUUAAAGUUGUGAGUAUCUUAAACUUCUAUUGUGACCUAGGUAACAUCUAAAACACUACUUAAAUGUAGCUUGCUGUUAUUUGAAAUUCACUUUUGACCAUUGAAAUACGUUGUUUUACAGCUAAUUUAAAUUUUGUUUGGGUUGUUUCUUAAAAGGUACUUGGUGUUUGUAGUUUGCAUUUUCUUCUGUUGCAGUGAAAAAGGAAGCUGCUUAUGAAUAAAAAGAAAAGUAUGAAUGCACUUAUUUAAAAAAAAAAAAUACUUUCUGGUUCUACACACCAACUUUAACAUUUGUACAUCUUUAACUAGAACCUCUUUUAAUAAUCAUCUUGGUGCUCCAAUGCAGGGCUGUCAGGUUUUACUUCUACAAAUACAACUGUAUCAGCCUGAAUGGUCAUGCCUCAUUAAGAGUUUGACAUUGUUGCACAGUGUGUUUAAUGCUAAAACUGUUUUUACCUGUUUGUUUGAUUUGCAUCAAUUUCACUUUGAUAUUACUAAUUUUUAUACAAAGUAUUCAAUAUUUAUUCUUUAACUUUGCUCUGUACCACAAAAAGACAAUUGUUUUGUAAAAUUUGAUUUGAAUAAACAGACUUGUUUCUUUUUUUUAAAAAAAAAAAAGAAUAGAAA